AAUGGUUCUGGGGAGGAGCGCGCGCAUUGGAAAAUCAAGAGCUGGCCAAAACGGCACUGCUCGGAAAUCAGUCGCCUGCUCCGCCAGUCGCUCCGUGGAUUUCGGAUUUCGAGGAUUUCUUGAGUUUUCUGCCAGCGUUCCGUUCCGUUUCGCAGAGCAGCAAAAAUCGCAGAGCGCAGAAAACGAUUUUUUGGGGAAAAAAGUGCUGCAUCGAAUCGAAAAUGGCUUGGCAGGAAAAAUAAUAAAUCGAAAAAUAAUUCUAAGAUGUGAUGUGAAAAGUGUGAAAAUGCCAGGCCACGCGAAAAAGUAAUCAAGAAAUCAAGUGACCAGAAAAUUGCAGUUCCGCGCAGAAUUCGAACACCGAAAUCCGUAUCAAGGUAUUGGAUAGUCAAAAAAAAAAAAAAAAAUAGAAAAUACAAAAUAAAAUCAAAAACGCAAGCAAAACAAUUUCGGGUCGAAAAAAAAAAUAUACACAAAUAUAUAAACGAGAGCAGAGCAGCAGCACUCACACACUCCCCAAAAAGAUUCAGAUUCAGAUUCUAGUGGCAGUGGCAGGCAAAAAUUCGUAUGUACUCGUCGUUGCUCCUAAAUACAUACAUACAUAUAAGCCUCACUGCCCCCCACCAACCGUCACCACCCCCAAAUUGACUCCCCUUUCCACCACUCCCCCCUUCUAGCCCAUCCCCCAAGCAGUGUGUGUGUGUGUUUGUGUGUUUUUGGUGAAAAUAUGAACGGAAACGCUGUUGGAAAAAAAUACAAUUAGCAGCUAAAUAGAGAUUCAAUGGCCAACAGAGGAGCAUCAUUAGGCAGCAGCUGAUUUGUGAUAAUUCCGUUAAGAGUUCCAAGUGCAAUUAGCCACCUACAUGUUGCAGCUGUCGGCGCACCAACAGAACCAACAACAAGAACAACUGUAGUCAGCAAGGAGCAAAAAUCACGCAUACGCCCCAUCGGCCCGACCAAACAAUGCGCUCCACUUAGCCAAGUGCGUGUCAAUGUAGUGGCGAACAUACACACACACUAAUACACAUUGAAACAGACGCACAGGCAUACCUCUGUAAUGACUAGCACAAGAAAUAAAUAAAAUACAGCCAGAACAAACAACAAGAACAACAAAGUUCAGCGGGGGCAGCUCCAGCUGCUCAUAAAUUUCGUAACGCUUGUGAAAUGUGUGCCCCUUGGUGCACGGGAGCACUGGCACUGGAUACUGGCUCUGGCUCUGCCACUGGGCACUGAAUCGGUCGUGAAUUGCUUCUGAUUUUCGCCUGUAAAUCCAACGGAAUAGGAAUAUGUAAAUGCCGUAGGCGCCACCACCCGCGCACCACCACCACUCGCGGCACUAGUACUCGCAGCACCACCAACAACAAAAACAACACCACCACCACCACCCAACCACCAUUCAACCAACCAUUCAGCCCAAAAAACCAGUCGACCCACGCAACAUUCAAGGCAAUCGACGACCCAGGACCUAGGACCCAGGACAUCCAACCAGAAUCAGGAUAAAGGAUCAGAAUCAGAAUCUGAAUCACAAGCACUCAUUAAGGGAAUUUCUUGGAUUUUUUCGGCGGCCCCUUUUAUUAAUUGCUCUAAAAAACGAAAGCAGACUUCGUCACAAAACACUCAAAAAGGCAUGUAAAAGAAAAUAAUAAAGAAAAAUUCCCCAAGGAAAAUCUGGAAAAUAAAAAACAAACCAAAAACUAAAAUCAAGAGCACCACAGAGAGACAGGGAGCGAGAGAGAGAGGGUAAAAAAAGAGAGUGUGGGAACUUUCGAUAAAAAAUUAUUAGCAAAAACAUAAAUACGUAACGGCCUCGUUUUCCCCAUCUCCCAAAAACAAAAAAAAAAAAACAAGAAAAAAAGAAGAGAAAUAAACUUGAAGAGCAUAGAGGGCGAGAGUGGGAGAGCGGGAGAAAGAGAGAAAGCCCAGUGGGUGAGUGGGUAGGUCAGUGGCAGUGGGCGGUACGCCAGCUGGGGCAGCACCACCAUCCUCUACCUCCAACCACCCCCCUCCUCCAGCCAGCGUCAACCUCAACUUGCAAAGGGCAGCCAGCGGCAUGUCCUGCACCGUUUCGGAACUGCCCAGUGGCUGUCGAUUACGCGGCAUGACUGCAUCCUCCCAACAGAAUGCGGCCAACAACACUGGCAAUAAUGGUAAUAACGGUAACGGCAACGGCAACGGCAAUGGCAACGGCAACAGCGGCAGCGGAGUGGGCGGCGGUGUGGGCGGUGGCGGGACCAUAAGCGGUGUAUCCCCCACGGUCGGUGGCUCCACAUCCAAUGUACUGCAGGAGUCCAAUGCGGCCACGUUGCAACGGCCGCAGUCGCAGAAGCCGUGCUGUUUCUGCUGGUGUUGCUGCUGUUCCUGCUCCUGGGCCAAAUGCCUGGCCAUUAAAAAUGCCGAUGAAAAUGCGCCCACGAAGCGAGAUCUCGUUAAUUCCGAAUUCCUAGAUGGCGAACAGCCCACACUGGAGGAAAUCCGCAGCUGGGGCAAAAGCUUCGACAAGCUGAUGAAGAACUCAGCUGGUCGAAAGGUGUUCCAGAACUUCCUGCGCAGCGAGUUCAGCGAGGAGAACAUACUCUUCUGGCUGGCCUGCGAGGACCUCAAGAAGGAGGGCAGUGCGGAAGUGGUGGAGGAGAAGGCGCGCCUGAUCUACGAGGACUACAUCUCGAUCCUGUCGCCCAGGGAAGUGUCGCUGGAUUCGCGGGUACGUGAAAUCGUUAACCGGAACAUGAUCGAGCCGACGACGCAUACCUUUGACGAAGCUCAAAUUCAAAUCUACACACUGAUGCACAGAGACUCAUAUCCGAGAUUCCUAAACUCACAAAAGUUCAGGACACUCGCUCAACUGCAAGACAACUCGAAUGCCGGCUCCAAAGCGGAUAGUCCCACUUAGAGAGGAUCAGGUUUGGAUACCGGUACGGAUUCAGGACUUUGGCUUAAAUGCCGGAUUCAGUUGUGCUGUGUUGAUUUCCGUUAUUGCUCUCCAUUGGCAUUUCUGCUGGAUUUCCGCCCCCGCUGCUGUUGCUGCUGCUGCAAUCGACUAAGCAAUAUGUAUCCAUUAGUAGAAUCAUUUCACCGUGUUGCCAGCAGUCUCCAGCAUCUCCGAGAUACUUUUAUUUAAUUUUUUUUUCGGUUUUUUGGAGAAAGGGGAGGACGUCCAGAGGAAAUGCAUUAUACGUGAAACGGAUUCCUUCUCUGCUUACGUUCUAGUCGUUAACAAAAACCACUGAGUUAAGCACUAAACAAAUUGUUUAAACUAAGGAGCUGGUUCGACCACAAAAAGCAUUUUUUCAUAAAAAGCGGUUCCCCAAACAAAACAGUUACACAUUUAUGAAAAAAAAAACAACACGAAACAAGCGACAAAAAAUAGCAUCUAUUGUAAUACUAGUGAUCUAAGAGACGUAUUAAUCAAAUUGCAACAAAGAUUACGGAUCCCGCUAACCGUUAAGUAACUUAAACAGUAAACCACAACUUUUUCCAAAAAAAAACAAAAGAAAAAUGCAAAAAAGAAAACCAACAAAAUCUUUUUAAACGUAUUACAUAAAUUUAUAAAAUUAUAUACACACCAGCAUAUACAUAUAUAUAUAGAUAUAUAUAUAUAUAUAUUAUAUAUACGGAUAUAUAGAGACAUUUAACUUGACUAGUUUUGAAAUCGUUUUAGGUCAUAUGAGUAAUGACAUCGAAGCAUUUUGUAAAUACCACAGCCGAUGACAAACACUUUCUACUUUCUUAUAAAGCCCCAUUUAAAUGAUGAUGUCCAUUAUUAAGGAAGUCAACCAAACAAACAAAGCCCCAUCUUGAGCUGUAUUUUGAUCCAGACAAACCAAUAUAUAUAUAUAUUAUGGUAUUAUAUGUAAAUACCCAGUAAAAGUCUAACCGAUUCGAAGGGAAACCCAACUCUAACCGAUACUAGAACGAACGCAUAAUUACAAAACGUGUACUAUAUAUUUCGAUGUCGAGCUGAUUUCCAAGUCGAAAGAAGAACGUUUCGCAAUAUCACUGCCAACAAAACAAACAAAAAAGAAAAAUCAGAACUUUGCAAGAGAUAUAUCUUCUUAUAUUUAUGUACAUCUUCGAAUAUAUUGCAAUUAUGUUUCUAGAAAAUGCGUUUACACACCUACACAGCGGAAGUUCCAAGAGUUUCCCUCACUCAAAACAUCCCUUAUCCUAUUUCUGCAUUAACAAAUCUUUAAAUAAUAUAUAUUAAAAGCAGUAUUAUAAAAACAAACAAAAAAAAUAAGAAAAAAAAAUGCGAAACACAAAAGUAUGGUUAAAUUUAAAUUUUAGCAAAAAAGUUGUCGAAUUGAAAACUAAAAACAAAACCAAAAAAAAAAUAUGAUACCAAAAAAAAUGAGUUUAUAAAAAAAAAAGAAAAACAUAAAACAUGAUGAAAUUUUAGCAGGGAACGGAGGAUUUCCGGUUCAGUUCCAUUUCCGAACCCUGCCAGAUACCUAGGCAAAAAGUUAACAUUGUAUUUUCGAGUAUUAGGUUGGAUUUUCGUUUAAGGUUUUGGGUUGUCUGUGUUUUGAGGCACAAUAUUUUAAAGUACAAGAAUCAUGAGUGUACCUUUGUUGCGGGGAGAAGGGAAUGUUUUUCGUAGCUAGUUGGUGUGCCUAGUUUUAAUGCAUCUAUCGACACACAGGACACACAGGAUAUCCUCACCAAACCAACACACUAUACCAAGAAACACAAACUUUUCUAGCUUUCAAGCAUGUUCCAGUUGCUUUGAAUUUUUUUAUUGAAACAGUCCCCAUACAUUAUAUGUCCUUAUCUCCGCCUCAAGCUUCGGUUUUCGUCCUUAAAACUUGACUUUUUCGCGUCACUCAGGCUGCUACUUGGAAUUGAGAAUUCGACAACCGCUUUUGCAUUAUAGUAUGGGGGGGAGGGCCAAGGAUACUCCGGUCGAGGUUGACCCCCCAAAAAAAUAAGAAAAACUAAUGUCAGUUUCCAUGGUUUGUUAAAUUAAUUUUAGGCAAUCAGGUUAGACACAAUGUCCAGGCUAAAGGGACGCGCGGAGGGAAGGAAUGUUUGUUUGUAAAUGUUUCUCUUCGGUUUCUUACUUUGCAGAACGGACAGGAUAUAAGACUUUUUGAACAAAAAAACAGAAUUAAUAAGUAAAUUUAAUACGAUUGUUGUUUGUUUAGUUUUAUACACCCAUACACCCCAAAGAACAC